AUGGCGAGUGCUCAGUUGUUGGAUAUUGGUAUGAAAAAAACUAAUAAUAAUCCUUCUGUUGGAGCGAAUAAUCAAAAAGGGAAGAAGAAACAUGAGGUUCCUUCAUCUCCAAGUGGUUCGGGUUCGAAAGGUUCUGAUUUGCAGUUACCAGGUUCGAAUAUAUCAAAAGGCAAAACGAGUGUUGUCGAUGUAAAUAACAAUACCGCCUGUUCGAGUCAAUCGGGAUCGAAAGCACUUUCCAUUAAAAACGUACCUUCAGAUUCUGUAGACAUUUUAAGUGUUUUGAAGGCAAUUCAGGCAAAUCAAAAUACACAGAAUGCUAAAUUUGAGUCUCUAGCAAGUAAAGUUGAUGAAAUGUAUUAUUGUGAUGAUGGUAACACUGGCUAUAAUAAAGAUGAUGAUCUUUUAGCUGCAGAAUAUGAAGAUGACCCAAAUAAUUAUGAGGGUUUAGACGAUACACUUCUUGAGCCAGACUAUAAGAGACCUCGUCUUGAUGUUGAUUCUGAGAUACCCCCUUCUAGUGAGACACGUGUGUCCAGGUUUUCUCAAGCUGGCAAAAAGUUACGUGUGAAGGAUAAAUGUGAUGUUCCAGUUAAUGAUGAAUUAGCUUCAUUGGUUGAUGGAUGGUUCCGUGAGGGAAUCGAAGAAGAUCGUUAUUUUGAAUUGAUCAAGACCAUAGCUCGACCAGAAAAUUGUACUUCUCUAGUGAAUAUAAAAACCAAUCAACUUGUUUGGGAAUUUUUGGCAGCUUCGACUAAAAUAGCUGACAAGAAAAUACAGAAUGCACAAACGUCACUUGUUAAAGGUGCUAUUAUCUUGACCAAGUUAACUGAUGUCUUGGGAUAUGCUCCUAACGAAGGUUCAGAUGAAAAUUUGGAGAAAGCUUUGGAAGCUUUAGCUUUACUUGGCCAUACAAAUAAACAAUUAUGUUUUAUAAGACGAGAAAACAUGAAACCAGACAUAAAGGGUGAAUAUUCUCAUCUUUGCAGCCAAACGCUCAAGUACACUGAUCAUCUAUUUGGUGAUGAUGUGUCAAAAACUGUUAAGGACAUCUCAGACUGUUCUAGGAUCAGCAAUAAAAUUUCUCAAGGUCGAGGAUUCAGUAACAAUCGUGCAAGAUCAGCACGUGGUAGAGGUUUUCGUGGAAGAUUUAGUAGAGGCCAUUUCCGUGGUAGAGGUUUUGGUGCAAGUAGCUCAAAUUAUGGUGCUUCAAAAAACUUCCAGAAGAGAGGGCAAGGUCACCCCUCACCGAGCCAAAAUAAGACCUAA